CAGGAGCUCUCCACACGGCUCGUCCUUUUAGCUCCAGGAUCACUCCGUCUCGCGGACCUGCACCCAGUCGCAGCUACACGCCUCUUACCUUACAGAGAUGUUUCGUCUACCCACCAUCAUGAAGCAGGUGAGGCCCGUGUGCAGGGCGCUGGCGCCUCACCUCACACGAGCCUACGCCAAGGAUGUGAAGUUUGGAGCGGACGCUCGCGCCCUGAUGCUGCAGGGGGUGGACCUCCUGGCUGACGCCGUGGCGGUCACCAUGGGCCCAAAGGGUCGCAACGUCAUCAUCGAGCAGAGCUGGGGCAGCCCCAAGGUCACCAAGGACGGCGUGACGGUGGCCAAGAGCAUCGACCUGAAGGACAAGUACAAGAACAUCGGCGCCAAGCUGGUGCAGGACGUGGCCAACAACACCAACGAGGAGGCCGGCGACGGCACCACCACCGCCACGGUGCUGGCCCGCGCCAUCGCCAAGGAGGGCUUCGACACCAUCAGCAAGGGCGCCAACCCCGUGGAGAUCCGCCGGGGGGUCAUGAUGGCCGUGGAAACCGUCAAGGAGCUGAAGAACCUCUCCAAGCCGGUCACGACCCCCGAGGAGAUGCACAGGGUCGCUACCAUCUCAGCCAAUGGAGACGUGGAGAUUGGUACGCUAAUCCACGCCAUGAAGAAAGUCGGCCGCAAGGGAGUCAUCACUGUCAAGGAUGGGAAGACCCUGCACGAUGAGCUGGAGAUCAUCGAGGGGAUGAAGUUCGACCGCGGUUACAUCUCCCCUUACUUCAUCAACACUGCCAAAGGUCAGAAGGUGGAGUUCCAGGACGCCUACCUGCUGCUGAGCGAGAAGAAGAUCUCCAGCGUCCAGAGCAUCGUGCCGGCCCUGGAGCUCGCCAACCAGCACCGAAACCGCGUUCAUGUGGAGGACGUGGACGGGGAGGCCCUCAGCACCCUGGUCCUCAACAGGUGUGUGUGUGGUCUCCAGGUGGUGGCUGUUAAAGCUCCAGGAUUCGGAGACAACAGGAAGAAUCAGCUGAGAGACAUGGCCAUCGCCACCGGGGGCACUGUGUUCGGAGACGACGCAGUAGGUCUGGCUCUUGAAGACAUCCAGGCUCACGACUUUGGUAAGAUCGGUGAGGUGCAGAUUACCAAAGAUGACACCCUGCUGCUGAGGGGGGGCGGCAGCCCCGCCGAGGUCGACAAGCGUGCAGCGGAGAUCGCCGAGCUGCUGGAGAGCUCCACCAGCGACUACGAGAAGGAGAAACUCAACGAGAGGCUGGCCAAGCUGUCCGACGGAGUGGCGGUCCUCAAGAUCGGAGGUACCAGUGACGUGGAGGUGAACGAGAAGAAGGACCGCGUGACGGACGCUCUGAACGCCACGCGGGCCGCGGUGGAGGAGGGCAUCGUGCCGGGUGGAGGCUGCGCCCUGCUGCGCUGCAUCCCCAGCCUCGACGCCGUCAAAACGGUCAAUGCCGACCAGAAGAUUGGCGUGGAGAUCAUCAGACGAGCGCUCCGUAUCCCCGCCAUGACCAUCGCUAAAAAUGCGGGCGUGGAGGGUUCGCUGGUGGUGGAGACGAUCCUGCGGGGGUCGGCUGAGCUGGGCUACGACGCCAUGCUGGGAGAGUACGUCAACAUGGUGGAGAAGGGCAUCAUCGACCCCACCAAGGUGGUGAGGACGGCGCUGAUGGACGCUGCAGGAGUCGCCUCCCUGCUCUCCACGGCUGAGUGCGUCGUCACGGAGCUACCCAAGGAGGAGAAGGAGAUGCCGGCGGGAGGCAUGGGCGGCAUGGGGGGGAUGGGGGGCAUGGGAGGCAUGGGUUUCUAAGCCAGUCCCCUGACUUCCUGUACAGACUUCUUAUGGCAGAGCGGUGCUGGGGUGUGUCUGAGG